AUGGCUGACUACUUGGCGUCCAUCUUCGGCACGGAGAAGGACAAGGUCAACUGCUCCUUCUACUACAAGAUUGGUGCCUGCCGUCAUGGCGAUCGUUGCUCCCGCUUGCACAACAAGCCCACCUUCUCACAGACGGUGCUGUUGCAGAACCUGUACCAGAACCCUGCCAACAUGCCUGCGCUCUCGGAUGGGCGGCCGGGCUGCGCCAUGACGGAGGAGGAGCUGCAGGAGAACUUUGACAACUUCUUUGCCGAUCUCUUCUGGGAGCUUGAGGAGAAGUAUGGCCCCAUCGUCGACAUGAACGUGUGCGAUAACCUCGGCGACCACCUCGUGGGCAACGUCUACAUCAUGUUCAAGAACGAAGAAGACGCCGAAAAGGCCGUCGAGGACCUCAACAACCGCUGGUACAACGGCAACCCGAUUGUUGCUGAGCUGUCACCUGUCACCGACUUCAAGGAGGCGUGCUGUCGCCAGUAUGAACUUGGCGAAUGCACACGCGGCGGUUUCUGCAACUUCAUGCACCUCAAGCCCCUUUCCAAGUCAAUGCGGGACGUUCUGUUUGGCGACCGCCGCCGGGAGGUCAGCCCGGGCAACAUGCAGUUUGAUGACGGCCCGCGCCGUGGAGGGCGUGGCCGCUUUGACCGCCGUGAUCGCUUUGACCGCCGCGACCGGGGCGGCCGCCACCACCGCGACAGAUACGAGCGCCGCGACAGAUACGAGCGCUACGACAGAUACGAGCGCAGGGACCGCAGCAGGGACCGUGAUCGUGACCGUGAUCGUGACUUUGGUGGCGAUCGCAGGGAGCGCGACAGGGACUACGACGACCGCCGCGACUGA